AUGCCUGAUGAUGUAAACAAAACAUUAAGUAAAUUAAUGCUCGAAUUCCUGUGGAACAAUAAACCUCCCUCAAUCCAAUAUAAAAGUGUAAUUAACCAUAAAUUUAAUGGUGGUUUAGGUUUUCCUGAUAUUCAGUCCAAAUCGUAUGCAUUUGCCUUAAAAUGGUUGAAAAAGUUAUUAGAUCCUAGCCAGUGUCAUAUAUGGAAGUCAGUGAUUAAUUAUUUUGUUACCGAACAUGGGAAUUCAAAUGCUACAGACAUCUUUAAAUUGUAUUUCAGUAAAUCGUUUAUACGUAAGUUACCUCCCUUCUAUCAGGUAAUGUUUAAUGGUUGGGAUGUGAUUACUCAAUUUAAAAGGCCUGCUCCACAAAAUUUAUAUGAAAUGUCUAUACAACCCUUGUUUAAUAAUCCUUUUAUUGUUAGAAAUAACAAAGUUCUCAAAUGUGAUUUAUUCUCUAAAUGUGGUAUUAAUACUAUUUAUGAUAUUAUUUAUUAUUAUGGCAUUUCAAGUUUCCUUCCUUUAAGUUCAUUAUUAGAGGAUUGUGUAGAGUGUGAGCCAAACCCAGAUUAUGUAGAGAAAAUGUUUGAAAUUAUCAAAUCCUCUAUCCCAACUGAGUGGAAAAUCAUAAUUGAAUCAGAGACAUACUCCAACAAAGAUGCUCCUAAGCCCUAUCUUCUACUCGAUGAUGAGAAGAUUGGAUUCGAUAAUUUCACAACUAAGUUCUUAUAUAAAGUGUUACUAGAACGCAAGGCAGUUAAACCUACAGGCUUUUUAUACUGGGAACACAAUUUAAAAAAGGAACUAAACUGGUCAGUUACGUGUAAAAACGUAGUAGACUCCUAUAAGGAUUGUAAAAUAUUGAGUUAA